CCCGCGCCGCCCCCCGAGCGCCGUCCUCGCUGAGCCCGCGCCCGGCCAGGGCGCCGCCCGGCACCAUGGUGCAGAAGUCGCGCAACGGCGGCGUGUACCCCGGCCCGAGCGGGGAGAAGAAGCUCAAGGUGGGAUUCGUGGGGCUGGACCCCGGCGCGCCCGACUCCACGCGCGACGGCGCGCUGCUCAUCGCCGGCUCCGAGGCCCCCAAGCGCGGCAGCAUCCUGAGCAAGCCGCGCGCGGGCGGCGCGGGCGCCGGGAAGCCCCCCAAGCGCAACGCCUUCUACCGCAAGCUGCAGAAUUUCCUCUACAACGUGCUGGAGCGGCCCCGCGGCUGGGCGUUCAUCUACCACGCCUACGUGUUCCUCCUGGUCUUCUCCUGCCUUGUGCUGUCUGUGUUUUCCACCAUCAAGGAGUACGAGAAGAGCUCGGAGGGCGCCCUCUACAUCCUGGAAAUCGUGACCAUCGUGGUGUUUGGUGUGGAGUACUUUGUCCGGAUCUGGGCUGCAGGCUGCUGCUGCCGGUACCGUGGCUGGCGAGGGCGGCUGAAGUUUGCCCGGAAGCCGUUCUGUGUGAUUGACAUCAUGGUGCUCAUCGCCUCCAUUGCUGUGCUGGCUGCCGGCUCCCAGGGCAACGUCUUCGCCACAUCCGCACUCCGCAGCCUGCGGUUUCUGCAGAUCCUGCGGAUGAUCCGCAUGGACCGGAGAGGGGGCACCUGGAAGCUGCUGGGCUCUGUGGUCUACGCCCACAGCAAGGAGCUGGUCACUGCCUGGUACAUCGGCUUCCUCUGCCUCAUCCUUGCCUCCUUUCUGGUGUACUUGGCGGAGAAGGGCGAGAACGACCACUUCGACACCUACGCAGAUGCACUCUGGUGGGGCCUGAUCACCCUGACGACCAUUGGCUAUGGGGACAAGUACCCUCAGACCUGGAAUGGGAGGCUCCUGGCAGCGACCUUCACCCUCAUCGGAGUCUCCUUCUUCGCUCUUCCUGCGGGCAUUUUGGGGUCUGGUUUUGCCCUGAAAGUCCAAGAGCAGCAUCGGCAGAAGCACUUUGAGAAGAGGCGGAACCCAGCAGCGGGCCUGAUCCAGUCCGCGUGGAGGUUCUACGCCACCAACCUGUCGCGCACAGACCUGCACUCCACCUGGCAGUACUACGAGCGCACGGUCACGGUGCCCAUGUACAGCUCUCAAACUCAAACCUACGGGGCGUCCAGACUCAUCCCACCGCUCAACCAGCUGGAGCUGCUGCGGAACCUCAAGAGCAAGUCUGGACUCACCUUCAGGAAGGAGCCUCAGCCGGAGCCGUCGCCCAGUAAAGGCAGACCGUGCCGAGGGUGCCUGUGUGGAUGCUGCCCUGGACACUCUAGUCAGAAGGUCAGUUUGAAAGAUCGUGUCUUCUCCAGCCCCCGAGGCGUGGCUGCCAAGGGGAAGGGGUCUCCCCAGGCCCAGCCGGUCCGGCGGUCGCCCAGCGCUGACCAGAGCCUCGAGGACAGUCCAAGCAAGGUGCCCAAGAGCUGGAGCUUCGGGGACCGCAGCCGUGCACGCCAGGCUUUCCGCAUCAAGGGCGCCGCGUCCCGGCAGAACUCAGAAGAAGCAAGUCUCCCCGGAGAGGACAUUGUGGAGGACAACAAGAGCUGUAACUGCGAGUUUGUGACUGAGGACCUGACCCCUGGCCUGAAAGUCAGCAUCAGAGCUGUGUGUGUCAUGCGGUUCCUGGUGUCCAAGCGGAAGUUCAAGGAGAGCCUGCGGCCGUAUGAUGUGAUGGAUGUCAUUGAGCAGUACUCAGCUGGACACCUGGACAUGCUGUCACGCAUCAAGAGCCUGCAGUCCAGGAUAGAUAUGAUUGUGGGCCCCCCACCCCCUUCAACUCCCCGGCACAAGAAGUACCCCACCAAAGGACCCACGGCCCCUCCGAGAGAGUCACCCCAGUACUCACCUAGAGUGGACCAGAUCGUGGGGCGGGGCCCAGCGAUAACGGACAAGGACCGAACCAAGGGCCCGGCGGAGGCGGAGCUGCCAGAGGACCCCAGCAUGAUGGGGCGGCUCGGGAAGGUGGAGAAACAGGUCUUGUCCAUGGAGAAGAAGCUGGACUUCCUGGUGAACAUCUACAUGCAGCGCAUGGGCAUCCCCCCGACUGAGACGGAGGCCUAUUUCGGGGCGAAGGAGCCAGAGCCCGCACCGCCAUACCACAGCCCCGAGGACAGCCGGGAGCAUGUGGACAAACAUGGCUGCAUCAUCAAGAUCGUUCGCUCCACCAGCUCCACCGGCCAGAGGAACUUCUCAGCACCCCCAGCCGCGCCCCCGGCCCAGUGCCCACCGUCCACCUCCUGGCAGCAGCAGAGCCACCAGCGCCAUGGCGCCUCCCCCGUGGGGGACCACAGCUCGCUGGUACGCAUCCCGCCUCCGCCCGCACAUGAGCGGUCACUGUCCGCCUACAGCGGGGGCAACCGGGCCAGCACGGAGUUCCUACGGCUGGAGGACGCCCCGGCCUGCAGGCCCCACGAGGGCGCCCUGCGGGACAGCGACACAUCCAUCUCCAUCCCGUCUGUGGACCACGAGGAGCUGGAGCGCUCCUUCAGCGGCUUCAGCAUCUCCCAGUCCAAGGAGAACCUGGACGCCCUCAGCAGCUGCUAUGCGGCUGUGGCCCCAUGCGCCAAGGUCAGGCCCUACAUUGCGGAGGGCGAGUCCGACACGGACUCGGACCUUUGCACGCCCUGUGGGCCCCCACCACGUUCAGCCACGGGCGAGGGCCCCUUUGGUGACGUGGGCUGGGCCGGGCCCAGAAAGUGAGGCCACACAGCAGCCAGCCCUGCCUGCGCCGCCCUCCGGCUCUGCCUCCUGGUUGUGGCCAGAGCCUUCAGGCUUUUUCCUGGGGUGACGUGGGCUGUGAGGGGCCUUGGUGGGCCUGGCUUCCGGGGUCCCUGAGGGUGACGGAUGCGCAGGGCUUUUGGCUUUUGCAGUGUCAUUUUGCAGUUCUUUCCCAAGCUGGGGCUGGAGGUCUACCUGUGAAGCAAGGCCAGCUCGCCCAGUCUGUUUGAGGACCGUCACCCUGCACAGGAGAAGGGCAGAGUGAGGUGGGGACACAGCCAGGGACUCGGGCAGGCGGGAGCAGCCUGCCUCCUGUCUCUAGCCUUGAGCACUCCAGGGCUUCCCCGGUUGGGUUGGUAGCUCUCAGAGAGGCUGGCAAGUACUGGGCAUGGACCACCCUUGCACCUGACCAUUUGUCCCUCCACUCCUGACUGUCCCCAGCAAGGCACCACCAGCUGCAAGCUGUGUGUGUGCAGCUGGGCAGAGUCCCUCGCCCCUGGCAGCCUGGCUAAAGAGCUGCUGGCCAGAAUCCUCUCCUUUCUUUGGGGUCUGCAGGUCUUUUGAUGGGAGCUGCCCUAAGUUCAGGACCCUUUGCCUGGAGCUGAGGAAGGGGUGAGGCCUUGGGUGCCAGAGUGACCCUGAGACUGGCUUAGGCUCAGCCUCCUGUGUAGGGCUUGGCUUGCUGCCUUGUCUCAAAGGGGCCCUUGGGGGCUCCAGCUGCCCUGGGCCUGGGCUCUCACAUGGUAUGCGGGAGCCAGCAACAUCCUAGCCACAGAAGGUCUGGGCAGUGGGCAGCCCUUGACCUCUCCUCUCUCCUGAAUGCUCUGGCUGGGUGCUGGUCACCAGCCUGUGGCCAGCAUUUUGAAAGAUUCAUCUACUGAGAUGAUGUCUAUAGCCAGGGCCUCUCCUUGCCUGCCUGUACCCAUGCCCCAAAAGACCCAGGCAGAGGUGGAUGGAGCAGUCACCAUCUGGGGACACCCUUCAAACUGUCAGCUCUGAGCUCUAGACAGCUGCCGUGCUUGUCUGGGGGUCCUUUUUGCUGGACCCGACUGCACCCCGGCUGCUCGUUUUCACAGAUGGGUCCCUUGGCUAAGGCCUCUAGGUGUUCUGGGAAUUGGAGCAGGAACCUCUGUCCUCCUGGCAUCUGGGCCUGCUCCACAGCCAGCUGUAGGGGGGCACAGGCCCAGCCACUGAGGGGCAGACUGAGCCCUGGGUCUGUUCCUCCACCUCUGGCCUGAGGUGGCUGUCAUCUGGGUAUGGCAUCGAAUGAGGGGGGCCAGGCUUUUCUGAAGUGGCCAGCUCCCUGGUGUGAGCCAGCUGAGUACCUGCCUGGACACUAGUCAGGCCCACCUCUCACACCACUUGUGUGAAGUCUGCUCCAAUGAGGACGACAGGAGGCGGGGGCUUUGUCUUCCCCCCUUGGAAACAGUCUUGUGGGGUCACAUGCCCCUGGCCGUCGAGGGUCCUGGGUGCUUGGGGCCACUGUGGAGCAUCUCUGCCAGGCUGCUACCAGGAUGCCACUACCUGUGUUUGCACUGAGGCAUCCCCCCAGCACCCUGUUCUCACAGGCAGCAUUUGUGUGGCUGAGAUCCCCUCUGGGGCAAGAGAUGUCCUUUCUGGGGUUGCCACUGCAUGUGAAUGACAUGGGCCAGAUGAGUGGUCAUAUUCUCGCCACUCUCCUCCGGGCCAGCUUGAACCCGGGGUCUGAUCAUCCUUUGCCCUCAGUGGUGGCCGAGGGAGGCUCCCUCCGGGGACACAGGCAGGGCUCAAGUGCCCACCCCCACCCCCGCCAGCCCAGUCCCCCUAGGCCCAGGCCAGGCUCAGACUGCUCAGGUUCCAAACUGGAGGAGAGGCCUCUUGCUCCCAAGGGAAGUCUACUUGGGUCCCGUGGGCCCCUCAGGCUUGUGCUUCCCCUCCUAUCCCCAGCGAGUGCCUGGGCCCCCUGGGACUCUGCAAUGUGAGAAUGGCAGACAAGUGGUCUCCCCCCAAACCCUGGCAGCCCAGCUGGAUGGCAGGAGGGUCUUCCUUUGGUUGCAGCAAGAGGGGUUACAGCUAGACAGCCAGCGUCAGAGGAGCACCGGGGACCAUGCUGUCUCCAGGCCCUUGGAAGAGCAAAGUGCGCGAGUCUCAGCAGGGUGGUUGGGGCCUAUUCUGAGAGAUGAUGGGGUGGGAGUUCCCUCUUGGGUUCCCCUGGACCCAGCCUGAGCAGCACAACUGUCCACUGCCCUGGGGUCCCCGCCCUCAGAGAAAUGUGACAGGUAGGAGGCUGGAGGUUUCAGUGAGAAGGGAGCACUUGUGUGUGUGUGGCUGAGCGUGGCUGAGGGCCAGCAGCCACCCUGUGGCAAAGGUUUUCUGGCCAAGGUCCUUGUAAGAGCAAGCGUCCCCCGUGACCAGGCACACACCUGCAGCCAGGCACACACAUGCACUCUCCCACACACGCAAAUGCAAGCUCACAGACCACACAUGGCCAGUGCACACUUUCACGUGCACACACAGCAGGUACACGCUUUCACAUGCACAGGCACCUAUGCACACAUAUGAUAGGUAUACACCUUCACACACACAAUCUCACUCAAGUGCACCUGCAUGCACACACAUGACAGCUACACACUUUCGCAUGUGCACACACUCACACAUAUGCACACAGGUACACAAGGCAGGUACAUCACACCCAUGCCUGUGCAAAGCACAUAUGCAUAGGUGCACGGUUCAUGAAUGCACAUACAAGCAGAUCACACAUGGCAGGUAUACACUUAUACACAUGCACACUCACACGUGUACAUGCAAGCUCACAGACCAUACAGAGCAGGUACACACAUUCACACAUGUAUAUAGAAGUGCAUACACACGGCAGGUACAUACCUUCACACAUGCUUGCUCCUGUGUGCACACAAGGCACACAGCCUCCAUGGUGUGUGCAUGCCUGCCUGCACGCCCUCACACAUACACAAGAUCCCACUUGGACUUGGCUGUCCUUUGUUUCUGAUCCUUUGCUCUUUGGCUCUUCCUGAUUUAGGCCCCAAGAAGCUGAUGACUUUACACACAUGGUUCUAGAAUGUUGGACACAGGUGGGGUUCCGACUGUCCGGGGCUCCUGGACAGCAGUGCAGAGGGUCCCAUGCUGCCUUCUUCCUUGUGGCCUGCUGAGUGCCCAGAGAGGCUGGCGCUGGGGUCGGGGGCCUCGGUGUCUACCAGGCAUAGGUCUGUCUUGCGCUGGGCUAGCCUUUGGCAUUGGCCAUCUCCCUGGGUCUUCCUUGGCCAGUGGCCCAGCCGCAUCCCCCAAGCCCUGCUCCAAGCAGGCAUUGCCUGUCCACCAUUGUCAUUUUGUCACCUGACAUCUCUCUAUUCUCUUAAAUCACAGCCCCAGGGAGCCCACCCCUGUGUCCUGUGUUGGGACACCUCCCCCAGGGCCUGGCAGAGCAGAUGGCAGAGGCUGUGUCCUGGCCACAGCCUGUGGGACCCAUGGGGGCACUGUAGUGACACCUUACCUCUUGGAGGCCUUGCUUCAUACCCCAUCUUAGCCCUGGAGGGUUGCUAAACAUGGCAAGAGCCCCUCUAGUCACCUGAGUCCCUGCCUGGGAGACUGCCUGCCGCUUAGUGCACUCAUUCAUUUGAGAUCACCUUCUCCCUGCAGCUGGGCCUGACCUGUGCUCAGGCACUGUGAGGAGGACCCUGUCCUGGGUCGGGGGGCUCCGUGCUGAGCUGCUGUCAGAAGCUCCCCAAAGGCAAAGGGAGCUGGGAGGCAUCUCAGCUGGAUGCACUGGGUUUCUUCCAGGUCGUGCUGGCCUGGCUGUAAAUAGUGUACAGAGUGGAGGCCGUGGGAAUCUGCCUUGGACCUCACACUGCCAAGCCUCACUCUGCCAGCAGGACUCCGGUCACCUCUGCUGCCACAGCUCUUAAAACAAACACAGUGAGGGGCCUUUGCCAGUACCACCGCAGCGGGAGACGUGAGCCUUGGCACUGUGCCUCUCAGCAGGAUGCAGCUGGGGUCUGAGUGGGGGACGAGGCUCCAGUGAGGCCCCCUGGGCCUGGGGUGCACGGUUUGGGAUCAGGUUCCUGACGUAGUUGUCAGCUGUUCCCAUGCUGUGUGUGGGGUGUGGGACUCACUGGGUCUGCAGGAUGCAAUCACCACCCAGGGUGCCUUUUUGGCUGUCCCAGGUCAGCUGUCCUCCUGGUCCCCCAGGCACCUGCUCCUCCUGAGCCCCAGGGAGAAGCAGGGAGGGCUUCCUGAAGGAGGUGGUGCAAUGGAAUUGAGGGCUCAGGGAGAAGCCCCUGGCUCUGCUCCCCAGUUGGAGAUUGAGCGUGUGCGGGUAGCAGACCCCAAAGGGUUCUUUCCAGCCCCGCCAGGGUGAGCAUCAGUGAGGGCCAUGAACUUCGUGGUCUUGGGAGGGCAGCAUCCUUGGGAGGAGGUGGCUUGGUGGGGCUUCUGGGAACAGGGUAGAGAAGGAAGGUGGCCCCUGGAGGUGGGACCCCAACUCGAGGUGGGACAGGCCAAGCUCCUGUCCUGGACACUUGCCUGGGUUCCCCUGGCUGACCAAGGGUGCUGGGUCCGGCCAGGCCCACCCUGAGAUCCCCUCAGUACUUGACUCCAUCAGGUGUGGGGGAGGAGGGGAUAAUUCCUGGGUCCCUGGGUCCCUGGGUCCCUGGGUCCGAGGCUGUGCAUCCCUGGGGCUCCUGGGCGGGACUGCACAUCGCUAAAUGCCGCACAUCCAUCUUGGACUGGGUUUUCCAAAGUUGUUGCCUUAAUGCAUGCUGACGGGAUCCCUGAGAUCACUCUGCCCUUGGCCCUGCCUGGCACAGGCCCAUGGAGCUGCCUCUAGGAUGGGCCACCCAGGGGCCCAGGGUCUGGCUGGAGCCGAGCGCAGGCAGGGGGGUCCUCCUCGGUUGUCACACAUGGAAGCGCUCAGAGCCGGCUCUCCCCUUGAUGCCAUCCAUCUGCCUGGCACAGCCUGGCACACCGUGUGCCCGCGCCCCACGCCUGUGCCCACCCAUUGCAGUCUUGUCCCCGGCCGCGACAGUGGCUGCAGCUUCCCCAUCUGCGCUGUUGCCUUGGCUGUCUUUGCACUUUUGUUCACGCUCCAAAGAAUACUUCGUAAUGCCUUCGUCCUGACGUCCACCUGCACCGUCCUGUAGGCGCCGGGGCAUCGGGACCCGGCCUUUUUCUUUCGGUGAAUGUGUUGCCACCUGCACACCGAUCUCGACUUUGCGCAUUGUCCGUCUUCUAGGGAUAGAUGCCCAGGGAACGAACUCUAGUUUUCUAAUGAACUAGUCGAAACACUCACUUUCUCCGCACAGACAGGCGACGCUUGUGCUGAGAAUGGGCCGGUGCAGGUUCGUGGGGGGACUUGGGGUGCAGAAGCCCAUGGCAGGGACCUGUGUGGACAUUCUGGACAGUUCUGCCGCAGGGCCGAGUCCAGGUGCCCAGUGGACCUGUGCACUUAGUAAACAAGUGAUUUGACCUGGA